AUUAUGAGCGGUAAUAACUUAAGAGCAGCCAUAAUUACACUUAAACUAAAUCAAAACAAACAUUAUAUAAGGCACAGACACGUGUAACACUAAUAUUCCAUUCAAAAGACAUAAUUAAGAUGACAAACGUUAAAAAAAAAAAAACACACACACUAGGAACUAAAAACAGAACACAUAAACAGACGAGAACAGCUGUAAAUGUCCAGAAUCAACCUAAAAACCCAUGAAACUUAUUUAAACACGAGUAAGACAUUAUAUAAGACACUAGAUACAUGUUUAAGAUGACAAAUGUGCGAAAAAAACUAAAAAAAUGAACCAAAAACACACGAAAACAGACGGGAAUACUUAUAAGUCCCCAGAAACAACAUAAACCCCCCAGAAAUAUACAUUAGCAGAUGUAUCACCCAUUCACGAAACUUGUAGAGUGUUAAUUAAGGUGUGACAGGUGAGAAGUCUCCACAGGUGAGCCCGUUCUACUUCUACGUGACGAGCCGAGGCGCUGUCAUAGUUAGUGCGGGUCCCGUACAUUUAUUUCUCUCCAUAUCUCGCCUCUUCCACCUUGUCCCACGCUCUCCCUCCACCUCAAGACCCUGGGAGAGCCUGAGCAAGAUAUCUGAGGGACAAAAUACAGGAUAGAGGAGAGCAAGAUGGCGGCCAUUCCCCCAGGGAGUGAACCGCCGCAGCAAGUGGAGGAGGCUGAAGAGGCGGCAGCAGCGAUGGCGGCAGCGGCAGCAGCAGCAGGGUUGCAGGAGAACGGGGUGACUCCAGACGCCGCGUUGCCACAGGAGUUGGUGUUUGAUCUGCAGUUGGUCCUGGACGGCUUCAGUGAGUGCAGGGGGGAGGACGGUCAGCUGUACCUUGAUGCUUACCUCAGGGCGUACAGUGAGCUCAACAAGUUCCUUCAGCUUCUUGGAACAAUAUUCAACUUUGUCUCCCAUGAUAUACAGAAGAAGGUAACCAUUCUGCAGUGCUACCGUAAGGGGGGAGCUGGGGACUACUACUACUCCAUUCAGUCCAUGAUUGAGUACGAGCAGGAGAACAACCUCCUCACCUGUACCGACCCACAGUCCGGCUCCCGCACCCUGCUCAGGCUGCACCGGGGACUGGAAUUCAUCUCAGGCUUCAUGGCAGAGAUCCACAAGGCAGCAGACACGGCCGGACUGGGCAGCACCACCUCGGAGCUGUACGGCCGCACCCUGGCCAAGCACCACAACUGGGUGCUGGCCAAGACUGUUGGUGCUGUGCUGCUCAUGAUGCCCAACAAGCAGACCAUCAUUGACAGGGUAAUCCUUGGAAGUAAGCCGAUGACCGGGGGAGUAGCAGCAGUUAGAGCACACAAUGAAGCUCUGAUGCCAAAAGUUAUAGAGGUCAUGAACUCUGUCUAUAACCUCACACAGAAGCUUUACGAGGAUUACAACAUCCUGGACUUGCCGUAAGCUUUUGGGAAGGUGGAGAGUGGGUGGAGAGGAUAGGUGGAGGAGGAUGUGAAGAGAAGUACGUGGAUGUGAAUGCUUAUGUAGUAGUUAGGUGUGAAUGUGUGGAUGUGGUUAAGUGGAUGAAGUCAGGUGGUUCUCAAGACUGUUCUUUUCCACCUGGGGCUGAUAUGGCUAAGCAUGUGAGUGGUAGAUAGAUGGACUACUACUACUACUACUACUACUAUUACUACUACCACCACUAUUAGUAUCCCUUAGAGUGUGAACUGUGUGUGUGUAUGUGUGUGUGUGUGUGUGGUGUCUUGUUUGGGCUGCCCUGUGUGGGAUUACAAGCCUGGCAUAUAGACACUGUAUAUCUGGAUGUAGUGUGCUGUGGCAGGUGUGGGUUGUGAAGAGCAGUCAUGGAGAUGAGAAUGAGAGAGUAUGGGCUGUGGAAAAGUAGACAUUGAUAGUAGAGGUGGGAGGUUGUGUAUGCAAGGGACACAAACUGGAGGAGACGUGUACAUGAUGCCAACCCCUCGCUUUGUGGAAACAGCCAAAGAACAUCAGAAUGAGAGAGAAAAGAAGGGCAGCUUGAUGAGAGAAACAGAUGAUUGUGUGAUGGACGAGUCAAGGGCAUUUCUUUAACAAGUGAACCAAAUAGAGGUGAACAAGUAAACCCUAAUUGGAUGAGUGAGUAAUGGGUGAGUUAUGAGUGUGUCUGAGAGUGAGUGGAGUGUUUUGAGUGAAUGUGUGAUUUAAAUGAGUGAAAAUUUGCUGUAUAAUGAGUUUGGGGGAAUGAAGACUGACUGGAUGAUGAGUUUGAAGUUAGAAAGGUCCCAGCCACUCACUGUUGACCAUUAUCUCUUCCUUCAUUGCUGUUAACUUUUCCUCUGGUGUCUGUCACAUUGUUUAUUUGCCAUUGUUUACUUGAUCCCAAACCACUCUAAAUUAUUUCUUCUGACAAUAUUUCAUCUACGGCUAAAUAUUAUACUAGUUAUAGAUGGGAAAAUUAAUCCUUUAGUCAAUCUGUUUUCUUGUGUUUUUAAUUACGAACCACUAACCUAACCACCUCACUCACAUCCAAAUAUUAUACCAGCCACAAAUUGGAGAAUGCUCUUUUAGUUCUUUUUUUAUUUUAUUUUUUUACUUUUUUUUAAUUCUUUUAUUUAUUUAAUUUUUUUUUGUAGGUGCUUGAAAAGGUUUCGACAAUCAUUUUUUUCAGUGGUGUGGAUUAUUGCAUGGUACAGUGAAAGGGUUAGUCUUUUUGUUUACGUUCUUAUUGCCUAUGAUUUCUGUGUUUCAUCUGCCAUAUUGAUAAUGCCAUAAGGUUCUGUUAGAUCUGGUUUGAUUUUAUCCGAGUAUUGGUUCUGUUACUUGCCAAAAAUUCGUGUGAUCUUGUUUAUUCUUCCACUGCAAGCUGAAAAACGUGUUAUCUUGUUAUUUUUACUAUUCUUAUUAUUACAUCUUUCACAAGCCAAAAAUUUAUGAUCUUGUUAAUUCUUGUAUCUCUUGCCAAAAAUUUGUGAUCAUUAAUUUGUUUCUAAUGCCAAAAAAUGUGUUAUUACCUUUGUUACUUUUAUCAUUACACCUUCCACAUGCCAAAAAUUUAUGAUCUUGUUAAUUCUUGUACCUCUUGCCAAACAAUGUGAUCUUAUUAAUUUUACUACCUACCAAAAGUUGUGUUCCUGUAUUUAUUUCCCAGUGGGUUUGAGUAAAUUUUCCUUUGCCAUCAUUGCCGUUUAUGUUCAUCACUCGUUAAUGUGUUGCACCGGCUUUGUUGUCGUCAUGUUCGUGUUGAUUUGGUUCUGACGUUCCUUGAUGUCACCAGUGUUGUUGUUGUUCAGUUUGUUUUGAUUUGGUUAUGACUUUCUUUGAUUUGGUUCUGACGUUCUUUGAUGUCACCAGUCUUGCUGUUGUUCUGUUUGUGUUGAUCUAGUUUUCAUUACUUCUCUUUAAUUCCAGUGCAUAAAUUUACAUUCCCAUCUUUCCAGUGUUAAGAUUAGAAGUGAUCCUUGGACCAGUCUAGUAUUAAUUUCAUCUUUACUGUGUUUGAUUUUGUUUUUUUUCCUCAGAAUUUUGGUACAAGAAUUACUGUCUUACAUUCCCGUUCUUUUGGUAUCCUGGUUGCAAGAGGUGAUCGUUGCACCAGUCAUGUGUUUGCCAUGUUUGUUGUGUUCGUUACAUUCUGAUUGUUAUGUCCUUUAUUGGUACACCAAUUAUCUACUUAAUUUUUUUUUUCUCUGGUUGUAAAGAUUUCCACAAAAGAUGAUUAAUUCCAGGUGUUAAGUUAUUUUCAUUGCACUCUAAUCAUUAUUUUGUUUACUGGUACACCAAUUGUCUCCUUACAUUUCUUUUUUUCUAUUUUAUCUUCCUUCAGUUGUAAAGAUUCCUACUAGAGAUGGUUAGUUUGAGGUGUUUGCUGUUUGUGUUCUUGUCUGAGUGAGUCUGUCUGCCCUUUGUUUUGUGUACAAGUGUUGUGAUUUACAAUUGACUCAACAUUCCUCGAGAAUAUUAAUAGGUAAAAGAAUUUCUGUGAGUCACAUAAACUGUAGCUGGUCUUGAGUUUUCUUUUUAUUCAUGCAUUUGUUGUUGUUUUAUUUGGAAAUGCAAAUUCUGGUUCUGUGAAUCAUGAUGAAGGAUAAGAUUGUAUUGUUUGUAACUAAUAAUGCGUGAAUCACCCAUGUGUCACUUUCAAAACUCUCAAGUGAAGGAUUUGUAAAUUGUGGGCCACCCAUGUUUGCUUGUCCGUCACUCACUGGAGAACGCAGGGACCAUGUGUGACUCUCUUAGUUCCAGCAUGCCUGACAUUUUAUAUAUUGUUAGUAUUAAGUUAUUUUUACAAUUCAUAUAGCUUUUGUAAUUUGUCAGUAAUUCAGCAUUUGUUCAAAAGUUUUUCCACAACUUGUAUGACGUGAUUUGUGUUGUUCGUUCAGUGGUUCUUUCAAUAUACCAAAAGAUGCACUGUGGACAAUUCACCAUUCCUGGAAACCAAACUGUGUACUGAGAACCUUGUGUUGAUCUGCUGCUUAAACACUGUAGUAUUUAGUGGUCUGCAGAAAUGGGUAGCUUGUGCAAUGUGUGUGUGUGUAUGUGUGUAUGUGUUUACAAAUUGAAGUCUCAUGAGGAAGCUAAUGAAAUAUCUAUACUAUUCUGACCUCCAUCCCUUCCAAACAACACCCACUCUCUCUCUCUUCCCUUUCCCCUUUAUAUCCCUUUCCCUUUCCUCUUCCCAUCUCUGUUCCCUUCCUCUUCCUACCCCUUUCUAUCUGUUCCUUUUCUCCUCCUAUCCUCUUUUCGUCUCCCAAACCACAAAUCCUUCACAAACCAUCCUUUCCUCAGUCCUUCCUAAAUUAUGUCUCCCCAACUGUACAAUUUCUCCCCAUCCUUUUAACCUCCUUCCCUCUGAUAAGCAAAGGUGUACAGUUACUCAGUAGGUAGCUAAUACACACAUUGGUAGCUGGUACACACAUUUCAAGUAUGUAUAUGAGAGGUGUGCACAUACUCAGGCGUGUGUGCAGCUUUAGGUGUGUACUGUACAUUGCCAUUGCUCAACACACCACUACGCGCCACCACCACACGACACGUAGAUAUGACAGAUCUGCGUUUGAAAGUGCAUCUGUUUAGGUUGUCAAGAGUGGGGUUACUGUUACCCACACUGCACAUCAUAUGACAGAAGAAUAUGAAAGGACUGUGUUAAAAAGUGUGUCAAUCCAAGUUGUCGAGAGUGAGGCUUCAAUGCAUUAAGUUCUUUAGAUCAUAUGACAAAAGUUAAGAUGACAGGUCUGUGUAUAAACUGUAUCAAGUUAAGAGAGUUGGGCUUCAAAUGCAUGAAGCUUUGUAGAUGAAGUGGAUGUCUCAAUUCCGAAUGCAGCAUGUGGAAAGCCUCGGACAAGGUUAGCAUCGUUACUCUACACUAGUGGCUCUCUUGUGACACCCCACCACUUUCUCUUUAUAACCAGUGAUGUCUAGCACACUCAUAUCUUUCAUUUAGCACCACUUACUCUUCACUAGUGAUUGAUGGUUUGCUGUGGUGAUGGUGGUGGUUGUGGUGGUGUGUCAUACUUCUCUUCCUCCUUUCUUCACUGAUUAGCUCAUGGUGUUUUGCUGCAAAGUGUGGCUGUGGAGUGAUAGGUAAUUCUGUUUUUGUGUGUGUGUGUGUGUGUGUAUAUACGCAUGCUCAAGAAAAAAAAUGAAAUAAAAAUGAUAUAAGGUUUAGUCUGGUGGGGAUGAAAAUACAUAUAGACAGCAACUUGAGUACCCAAACACAAACUAUAUUCUAGAAGCAUGAAGGAAGACUGCAACAGACUCUUCCAUUGCUUCUUGCUUUAAGAAUGUAUAUUGCAUGCUGUUAAAGAGGGAAACAAAAGUACGUGUUGCUUUGUCUGGCACAUGCGUAAAUACAGUGGAAACAAUAAAAUGAGAUGUGGAAAAUGAAACGUAUUCCCAAUAAGCCAGUGACAGGAAUCAAGUGCAGUUUGCUUUGUUUCUUAUUAGCUAUUAAAUAUCAUCUGCAAAAAAAUAGAUAAAAAAAUAAAGCACCGGAGAAACAUAAUAUUAGCAAAAAAGCCUGUAUCCUGAAAAACUUACACACUACACCUCCACAACUUUUAAAAGCCUCUAGUUGAAGUUACCAGGGUUAUUAAAGGUGUUUCUAUGAUUCCAGUGACAGACUAACAUGAUUUCUACAUUGUCACCAGGAGAAACACCCGCAAUAACAUGGCUAAUCCUCUCUGUGGCCUUGGAAAAUAGCUGUGGUGAGAGAGCAAAGAGUUUCUAAAUAUGUGCUUACCUAAAUCCUUUGUGGAGUGUUGUGCUUAACAUUCAUACAAUCAAGUGUUCUUAACUGAUGGAGGCCGUUGUCUGUGGUGCCAGUGUGACUAGAAGGGCUAGAUCAAAACUAUCUAGGCCUCAAAGCAGAAUAUCAAACGUAACAUUAUUCCAGUCGCGUUUGAACAGACCAGUGUCGGGUUGAAAAGAAUCCAGACUGUGUUUAGCCGUGAAUGCUUGUACGUAGACAAGGUUACGUGUUUGACUGACUGAAUGACUAUACUCGUAUACCUUGCUAUAGUUUGGCUCAAUACUUAGAAGUUCACUAUGUUCUAAGAAUGAAGGGAAGAUAGGCCGCACUUCAUGUGACUUAACCCUUUCACUGCUAUCACAUGUUUCUUUCACAACUAACUACUCCGAGACGUCCUUUCCUUCACUACACUCACCUCCAUGCAUUGUACUAAGAAAGACAAACUAUAUUCCUUUUUAUCCCUUUCUUGUAGAUGCUCAAAGAUUGCUUUAUACUCACCCCCAAGCAUUGUACUGGCUAAAAAGACAAAAUAUAUCCCAUUUUAUCACUUUCUUACUUGUAGAUGGUUAUAAAGAUCCCUUGCAUUGCUUCCAGUGCUGUGAAUUAUUGCCUACAGCAGUGAGAGGGUUAACUUAGGAUGCAAAUAAGCUAAAUAAAUAAAAACAAGAAAAUAAAGAAAAAAUAAAUCAAAAUCAUUAAAAACUAAACUAAGGAAAUAAGCUAAAUAAAUAAAAAAACAAGAAAAUAUAGAAAAAAUAAAGCAAAAUCAUUAAAAAACCAAACUAAAAAUACAAAAAUCGAAAAGCAAAACAAACAAAACAAACACUUUACGAGGAUCACCUUGCUUUGAUGAUUACAAUGGAGGACAGGCAGUGCUAUGUCACUUAGGCGAUUUUGGAAUGCAGGUUAACUUGUGCUCUCUACAUUGUGUUCAUUUAAGACUUAAGAUUAUGAAAUUCAGUGUGAUGAUGCUAUAUAUUCAGAUGUUGAGUGUUGUGUUCUUGUUUGAAGCUAACCAGGGUGUGGGGAAGACAUGGCUAAGUACGACCUGUUAACAAUUGGAUGGGUAAAUCUGUAACUACUUUGUAACUACCUUGUAACAAUGCAGCCUUCCCAUUCACCUCAUGUCUCACCUGCCCUUGUAUCUAGAUGACUUGUGGCUUGUUAAGAUGUAAGACAGGUAACAUUGACUUACAGGUAAUUGGAAAUGUUGAUUUGACUUCUAUAUUGUUCCCUAGACUUACUGACAUAUCAUUAACACUGUACUGCAUAUCUGUUCGUCAAAAGGCUGUCACUUUCCCUUGCCUACGUAAAUGGAGAGUUAGAUUUCUGCCUUCCUGCAACAUGAACACAACUAACACUAUACGUCAUCUCAGUUCCUCUAAAGAUUGUCACUUUUCACUCUACCUUGACAACUUUUUCAGCAAACUCUUACACCUUCUGUAUAUCUGACAUUGAUCCUUUUGUCCAAGCCUUUUCAUGUCACGUAAUUUUAAGAGCUGUAGUGCCACAGGAGCAACUACUGGCUUGGUGCUGGAAACCAUACAUUAAUUAAACUCCAUGACUUCUAAAGUGUUGACUGGCAAAUAUUGUGUUAUCAUUUGGCUAGCGUGUCCUGUGGAAACUUUCAUUCUACGUGCAUCCUUUUGUAUGAAAUGUGAUGGGUUGUCAGGAUGACUGAGUGAUUCAAGGUGUUGCAACAGAGAGAGAGAGAGAGAGAGAGAGAGAGAGCCCCAUAACCUUGCCUUGCCAUAUUGAUUUAUUGACAAUGGUGACAAGUUUGCCUAAGUGCUGUCUGUGUUGUAGAGGUGAAAGGUGGGGAGUAACACUAAGACUUGGUUUGCAAUGGUGUAUGCAGUUCAUUUACAAGCUGUAGGCUAGUUAUUUUGUAUUGUUCCCUGGAAAUGAUGGGAACUGAUAAAAACAGAUAGCUGUAGUCAAUGCAUCAGUGUCAUUCCCCUGCUGCCUCCUGUGAGAGCCUGCAGCCACUGAUAUAUCAAUGUUGCAUAUGUUACAUAUAUAUUAAUACAUAAAAAUGGUAUAUAUUUCA